GCAGACCUUCGCCUUUUCAAUUUAAACCACAAUAAUUAACUCGCCGAUAAAAUAAAUUAUGAUUUAAUCUUAAAAAGAAUUUUUCAAUUCCAGUUUGUUUUGGUGCGAGUGAUCGAGUGGUUCGGUUGAUUUGACGUACCUAUACACAAAAUGGCUUUACGAAGUAUAGGCCUAGCGAGGCCCCAGUGCCAGUGCCUCUCUGACCAAAAAACCCACCUCUUAUCCAGAUUUAAGAGACAACAGUAUUCUUCAGGCCCUAAACUCAUAACACCUUUGGAGGAGGCGAAACGCUUUAUGAAAGACUGUUUUCUGGCUGUAGGCACCUCCACAGAAAACGCGGAAAUCGUAUCGGCGAACCUCCUGGAAGCGGACCAUCGUGGACACUACAGCCACGGCAUGAACAGAUUAGAAAUGUACAUCCGCGACAUCCAGCAUGGUACCACGGAGGCCAACGUUACCCCCACCACAUUGAACGAAACCGUGGCCACAGCUUACUUGGACGGUCACAACGGAUUGGGUGCGGUGGUAGGGAAAAAUGCCAUGGAUAUCGCCAUGAAAAAAGCCAAAGAAGUCGGAAUUGGAUUGGUGGUGGCCAAAGGGUCAAAUCAUUAUGGUAUAGCUGGGAUGUACGCCCUGCAGGCUAUAGAGCAGGGUUUGAUUGGGUUCAGUGUGACCAAUACGUCGCCCCUGAUGACGCCUACUAGGGCGAAACAGGCCACUCUCGGUACCAACCCUCUGGCCCUCGGAGCCCCAGGCAAAAAAGGCGACAGUUUCGUCCUGGAUAUGGCCACCACCGCGGUGGCCUUAGGAAAGAUAGAAAUCGCUAAGAGAAAGGGCGAACCUAUCCCGGAAGGGUGGGCCCUAAACGACGACGGUAUCCCGGAAAGUCAUCCCACUAUCGCUUACAAAGCCGCUAAACUUUUACCUCUAGGGGGGGUCGAACUGAACUCUGGAUAUAAAGGUUAUGGAUUGGGGAUGUUUGUGGAGAUAUUCUGUGGAAUGUUGUCCGGUUCCUCUUACGGUCCGAACGUGAGGAGGUGGGGCAGCUCCCACGAAGUCGCCAACCUCGGGCAGGCAUUUAUGGCCAUCGAUCCUCGAGUGUUCGCUCCAGAGUUCGAGGAUCGACUGCAAAGUCUUAUGACUUAUUUAAGGGAUAUGGAGCCGGUUGAUCCGAACAAACCGGUGCUGGUGCACGGAGACAAAGAGCGAAUCCACAUGGAAAAGGUGAAAGUGGAGGGUGGACUAAGAUACGUCGAGAACCAGCACAAGACCAACAAAAUGUUGGCCGAAGAACUGAAGAUUGACCCGAUGGAGUCGAAAUCUGUGAUUUUACCCUCUGACGAUCCGCCAGUGGAUUAGCAGUAUUUAUAGCGAAAAAGUUAUAAAUGUAUUUAUUACUGUGUAAGUUAAUGUUAAUGAAAAUUCCAAGCAUUUUUUAUUUUCUCCUUGGUUUUCCACUCUCCCUCCUCCUUCAUCUUCUUUCUCCUGUUGUUCCUCUACAGUCAAUACUCUAGGAUCCAGUUAGAAUUUUAAUAAAUAUCUUUUUUUAUAAUUUAAAUUUUUUUCAAUUUUAGGAAAAUUAAUAAUAACACCCAAAAUGUAAUUUUUCUCUCUGAAUUAGAUGGUAAAAAUCAACUGUAAAAGAGCACCAUGUCUGUCCGUCCACCAAUUGGACGAUUUUACGAGAUUUAUUGAUGGUACCAAAACUGUAAUUUUAGUAAUAAAUUAGCGAGAAAAAGUAGCUUGUCAAUGUUAAAAAAUUAUCAAAACAUUAUUUCUAAGAUAUGUGGUGCCCUUUAAUGUUAGAACAUGGAAUUACGCGUUUCCUUUGCAUUCACAGAUAAUGUAGGACAAGUGUUUGUUUAUAUGUCUUUUUCUCGCACAUUAUCGGUAAAUGGGUCUCUCCUUGUGUGCAUAAAAAUAAAGUUUAUAAGAUCUUAAA